AUGAAAGCAGCUUUUCUUUUAUAUUUUUUAUCCGUUACUGUAACCACACUUGCUGCAUAUUCCGGUGAUGGUAAGCCGUGUUGUGGUAGUACAAAUGAAAUUGGACAACUUUAUGCUAAUUUUUGGGAUCCUACUAAAUAUUGGCGUUGUGAUGCUCUUUUCACUCCAGUAAGCAUGAAGUGUGAGGAUCAACAUGCUUUCUUUGCAAGUAAAAAGAUUUGUGUGCCUUGGAUAGAUUGGUAUUGGGAGGAAAAACCUUUACCACCAAAGUGUGAGCAGAGUAGUUCAGUUUUACCAAUAAAUGGAUUACCUGCACUUUCAACUAAUUCCAUUCCAACAGUUCCUGUGGUAUCUUCAAUACCUGGCAUACCGACUAUUGCUAGUUCCUUAAAUCCUCCAGUAUCUCAAGUAUCUGGAUUACCAUAUGUUCCAUCGAUUCCAUCGACUGCUUCAGUUGCGCCUAUAACUCCCAUAUCUGGUUUGCCUGCGAUUUCUACUUCACCAGCAUUUGUGAUUCCAGCUGUUUCACCAAUACGUGUGGUUCCAUCUAUACCAACAUAUGCAGUUCCACCUGUUUAUUCCAUAUCUGGUGCACCUGUGAUUCCGUCGGCUCAAACUCUUUCAACAUCACCUGUUUCUCCUUUAGGUGGUCUACCAGUAGUUGCAUCUAUUCCUAUACCUUCUACUCCUGUAACAUCGAUUCAAAAUUCGAUUGCACCUGUGCAAUAUGUUAACCCCUAAAUAUAUACGGAAGUAUUUUUAAUGGAUAUUUUGCACUUUUGGGGUGAAAAUUUAUGCAUUAGUAUA